AUGGCCGACGUACCACAGAUAAUCAAAAUUGGGAUUUCCAUGAAGAUGCUUCCUAACAACACCGCGGUGUUCUUCAAGUCUGACGGCGCCCGGUUCGGACAGACACGGACCAUCAAGCUGCUGACCGGGUCCAAGUACAAAAUCGAGGUGGUCAUUAAACCUGGAGCGGCCGAGGCCACGUCAAUGAGUGUGGGUGCGGUGACCUUUCCUCUGGAGCAGCAGUCUAAAGAUCCACAGUCAGUGAUCUAUAGCGGCUUGUAUGACACAGAGGGGGUGACACACACCAAGAGUGGAGAGAGGCAACCUGUUCAGAUUAACAUACAGUUCACAGAAGCAGGACUGUUUGAAACAGUGUGGCAGGUGAAGUUUUACAACUACAACAAGAGGGACCACUGCCAGUGGGGAAAUAGCUUCAACAGCAUAGAGUAUGAGUGCAAACCCAACGACACGCGCACACUCAUGUGGGUCAACAAGGAGAUGUUUGUGUGA